AUGAGCUACGCCUUAUCGAACGAUCACAAGCAACUUGUGGAGGGCACCUUGCUUGAAACUGACCCGGAGGUUCACCAAAUCAUCAAAGAUGAAGUCUCGAGGCAAAAACACUCCAUUGUAUUGAUUGCUAGUGAGAAUUUUACUACGAAGGCAGUCUUCGAUGCAUUGGGAACUCCUAUGUGCAACAAGUAUUCAGAGGGAUAUCCUGGCGCUCGUUACUAUGGUGGAAAUGAGCAUAUCGAUAGGAUGGAGACGUUGUGCCAAGAAAGGGCAUUGAAAGCGUUCAAUGUAUCCUCUGACAAGUGGGGCGUCAAUGUCCAGACUUUGUCCGGUUCUCCUGCAAAUUUGCAAGUUUAUCAAGCUAUAAUGAAACCACACGAAAGAUUGAUGGGUUUGGACUUACCUCAUGGUGGACAUUUAUCACACGGGUAUCAGACGGAUUCGAGAAAAAUUUCUGCCGUGUCUACCUAUUUCGAGACAAUGCCCUACAGAGUGAAUUUGGAGACUGGGCUCAUCGAUUACGACAUGUUGGAGAAAACUGCAGUCCUUUACAGACCCAAAGUUUUAGUGGCUGGCACAUCGGCUUACUGUCGCCUCAUCGACUAUAAGAAGAUGAGAGAGAUUGCCGACAAGGUGGGAGCAUAUCUCGUUGUUGACAUGGCACAUAUUUCGGGUUUGAUUGCCGCUGGCGUGAUUCCAUCUCCUUUUGAGUAUGCGGACAUUGUGACUACCACUACUCAUAAAUCAUUGAGAGGACCCAGGGGCGCCAUGAUAUUCUUCAGAAGAGGCGUCAGGUCAGUCAACCCAAAAACUGGCCAAGAGGUCCUUUACGAUUUGGAAAAUCCUAUCAAUUUUUCCGUCUUUCCAGGACAUCAGGGUGGUCCACACAACCACACAAUUGCAGCUUUGGCUACUGCGUUGAAACAAGCUGCCACGCCUGAGUUCAAACUGUACCAGGAGCAAGUGCUCAAGAAUGCUAAAGUUUUGGAAGCUGAAUUCCUUUCCAAAGGCUAUCUGCUAGUUUCAAAUGGUACCGAUUCGCACAUGGUUUUGGUUUCAUUGAGAGACAAGCAAAUUGAUGGUGCUCGUGUCGAGGCUGUAUGUGAACUCAUCAACAUAGCACUCAAUAAAAACUCAAUCCCAGGUGAUAAGUCUGCUUUGGUUCCUGGUGGUGUGAGAAUCGGGGCUCCAGCAAUGACCACUAGAGGUAUGGGUGAAAAGGACUUUAAAAAGAUUGUGGAAUACAUCGACUUCGCCGUUAGCUACGCGAAGCAAAUUCAAGGUGAUUUGCCGAAGGAAGCCAACAGACUCAAGGAUUUUAAGGCUAAGAUCUUGCAGAAAGAUGAGAAGUUAGAGGCCGUGAAACAAGAAAUCUAUGAGUGGGUUGGUACCUUUCCAUUGUCGGUUUGA